AUGGAAGUCUGUGAUGAAGCUUCAGGUCCCAGCGCCGGAGGAGGAGAAACUGGGAGGUGUGGAGGAGGGAGGUGGUGGUGGUGCUGCUUUUUCAGGACCAGGAGGAGGUGUAGCAGCAGGAGGUGUAGCAGGGCAGGAGGAGAUUUCCUCCCGCAGGAGGCCACCAGAGAGCUGGUAGUGAUGUGGCGUCAGGCUGGGAAGCUGGUGCCAGAGAGCAUGACUGACGAGGAGCUGGGGAUCCUGGCGGAGCUCCAAACCAAGUCCUCCAAGAAGAAGUACCUGAAAUACCUGGCCAUCAAGGAGGGCCACAAGAAGAGCCGCAAGGAGAAGCAGGAGAAGAGGAAGGGAGAGAGGAGUGAGAGGUUUCUGGAGGAUGAUAGGAUCAGGCCUGGUGGUCUGAGAGGAGAGGAGGGGGAACUGAAGAACACCUUCCUGCUCCAGUUCUGGGGUCGUUCCCUGGAUAAGCUGCUGGGGUGGAGGUCGGCCCAGGCCAUGGUGUUCGGCCAGCCACUGGUGUUUGACAUGUCCUACGAACAGCAGAUGACGCGUCGGGAGGUGGAGAACACCGUGUCCCAGCUGAUGGAGGUGGAGGGGUGGAACCGCAGAGCCCCAGAACCCUUCCACCUCCACUUCUGUAACUUGCAGCCCGACGGGGGCUACCGCAGGGAGCUGGUGAAACGGUACGGCGCCGAGGCCUGGGAGCGCCUCCUCAUCACCUCCACAGAGCAGCGCCACGUGGACCUGUUCCCCCGGGACGACCUGGUCUACCUGACGGCUGACUCCCCCAACGUCCUCCGUACCUUCGACAACUCCAAGGUCUACAUCGUGGGCUCCAUGGUGGACCGCUCCAUCCAAUCGGGGCUGUCGCUGGCCAACGCCAAGCGUCUGAAGCUGAAUACGGCCCGUCUGCCGCUGGAUGACUUCCUCCAAUGGGAGACGGGGGCCAAGAACCUGACUCUGGAUCAGAUGAUACGCAUCCUGCUGACGCUGAAGGGGACGGGGAGGUGGGAGGAGGCGUUGGAGUACGUACCCAAGAGGAAACAUGAUGGAUUCUACCAGGAGAGAGACAGGGGCUCAGAUAGGGCCAGGGGGUUUAGUGGGAGAACCAGAGAAACAGGGUUCAGAGCUGGGGACAGAGACAGAGACACAGGGUUCAGAGCUGGGGACAGAACCAGAGACACAGGGUUCAGAGCUGGGGACAGAACCAGAGACACAGGGUUCAGAGCUGGGGACAGAGACAGUGAUAGAACAUUCAGAGCUGGGGACAGAGACAGAGACACAGGGUUCAGAGCUGGGGACAGAGACAGUAUGGAGGAGUGGAGACAGAAACAGAUGAAUGGUGUGGUCAGAGAGAGAGGCUCCACUGCCAGACAUAAGGACAGUGUAUUCAGUAGUAGAGACAGGGACAUCAGGACUGGGGACAGAGACAGUAUGGAGGAGUGGAGACAGAAACAGAUUAAUGGUGUAGUCAGAGAGAGAGGCUCCACUGCUAGACAUAAGGACAGUGUAUUCAGUAGUAGAGACAGGGUAGCAGCCAGUAAGGAAGCAGAACCUACAGGGGAUGCAGAGACCAGCACCAGGGUACGGACCUCACUGAAAAGCAAGAUGGAGGAUCGCAACAGUACAGCCAAGAGCGGGAAGAAAUGGCGGGAGGAAGAGUAGCCUUAUCAACCAAAGAUACAGAGACAUUUCUCCUCUGAAUGUGGUUCUGUUUCACCAUGUUGUGUAAAUGGAUGUGGUUCAGAGAUGAACUGAUGAUGAGAAGCCCUGGUGUAAAUGGAUGUGGUUCAGAGAUGAACUGAUGAUGAGAAGCCCUGGUGUAAAUGGAUGUGGUUCAGAGAUGAACUGAUGAUGGGAAGCCCUGGUGUAAAUGGAUGUGGUUCAGAGAUGAACUGAUGAUGAGAAGCCCUGGUGUAAAUGGAUGUGGUUCAGAGAUGAACUGAUGAUGAGAAGCCCUGGUGUAAAUGGAUGUGGUUCAGAGAUGAACUGAUGAUGGGAAGCCCUGGUGUAAAUGGAUGUGGUUCAGAGAUGAACUGAUGAUGAGAAGCCCUUGUAAAUGCCUUGAACAUAAACAUGUUGAUAGCAACUCA